GACUCUAAGAUGGCGUUUUUGCUACAAACUGACGUCGCAAAGCGUCCUCCUUCUAAUUUUUCUCAGUCAUAUGGUCAGUGGUCAAAUUCGAUAUUCAAUCCCAGAAGAAAUGAAGAAAGGGUCCCUUAUCGGUAAUGUCGCCUUGGAUCUUGGAAUAGAUAUGCAGAGGCUCCGUUCUGGCCGGGCCCGUAUCGUGACCGGAGAGAGCAUCCAGUACACUGAGCUGAAGACAGACAAAGGGACUCUAGUCGUGAAUGAGAGAAUAGACCGAGAGCAGCUUUGUGGGGACGUAACACCGUGUAGUUUCAGCUUUGAUUUGAUUUUAGAGAACCCUAUGGAGCUACACCACGUUACGGUCGAAGUGUUGGACAUAAAUGAUAAUUCACCUUCUUUUCACCAGCACGACAUGAAAUUGACGAUUGGCGAAUCAGCCGCACCGGGAGCACGUUUUGUUUUGCCGACAGCCAAUGAUCCUGAUGUGGGAGUCAACGGGCUCCAGGACUAUAAUUUGUCUCCAAAUGAUAAUUUCGUUUUGAAAAAGCAUUCAAAUGUUGACGGAAGAAAAUAUGCGGAGAUGGUGCUUGAGAGACCGUUGGAUAGAGAACAAUAUCCAAGUCUGUCUCUAAAGUUGAUUGCAGUGGACGGUGGGACGCCACAGAAAUCUGGUACAGUAAAUAUAGAUAUCACUGUCCUAGAUGCUAAUGAUAAUUCACCUAUUUUCAACCAAUCAGUCUACAAGACCACAGUAAUGGAAAAUGCCGCAAGAGGUACCUAUAUCGUCACUGUGAAUGCCACUGACGCAGAUAGCGGAUCAAAUGGUUUGAUAUACUAUUCUAUUUCCAAAAUGCAAGGCGACAUUGAUAAUAUAUUUGAAAUUGACAAGACUACAGGUGUGAUUUUUCUUUCAGGACAUAUUGACUAUGAAAAAGCCAAGAAAUAUGAAAUACGCAUUGAAGCAACAGACCAAGGAGCUUUAACAGAUUCCAGUAAAGUCAUAGUUGAGGUGAUUGAUGCGAAUGACAAUCCACCGAUCAUUAAUGUGAUGUCAUUCACGAGUCCUGUGUCAGAGGACUCCCCUCCUGGUACAACUAUUGGCAUAAUAAAUGUAAAAGAUCUUGAUUCGGGGGAUAACGGGCAAGUAAAUUGUAGAAUAGAACAAAAUGUGCCUUUCAAGAUUAAAUCUAAUUUAAGAAAUUACUAUACAUUGGUAACAGACGCAGUAUUAGAUCGUGAAAGUGUUUCAGAGUAUAAUAUCACUGUUCUUGCGACAGAUGCAGGAAGGCCUCCUCUGUCAACAAACAGAGCCUUUAAUUUAAAAAUUUCUGACGUAAACGACAAUGCUCCAGUUUUUCCCCAAAGUGUUUACAGUGCAUUUAUCACAGAAAAUAACUCUCCAGGAGUUUCUAUUCUCACUGUUAAGGCCAAAGAUCCAGAUGAAAACCAAAACGCCCGUAUGUCUUAUAUUCUUGAGAAUACUAAUAUCGGUGAAUCUCCAGUUUCUGAAUAUGUUUCUAUUAAUUCAGAAAGCGGAGUGAUACAUGCGGUGCGCGCAUUUGAUUAUGAGCAAAUCAAACAGCUUAUUUUAAUUAUCAAAGCGCAGGAUGGAGGUUCCCCUCCACUCAGUAGCAACGUGACUGUGAAAAUAAUGAUCCAGGACCAGAACGACAACCCCCCUCAGGUUCUGUACCCAGUCCAGACCGGUGGCUCUCUGGUGGCUGAAAUGGUGCCUCGUUCGGCAGAUGUGGGCUAUCUGGUCACUAAAGUGGUGGCUGUUGAUGUGGACUCUGGACAGAAUGCCUGGCUCUCCUAUAAACUGCAGAAAGCCACAGACAGGGCGCUGUUUGAAGUGGGCUUACAGAAUGGAGAAAUAAGAACUAUCCGCCAGGUGACUGAUAAAGAUGCUGUGAAACAAAGACUGACUGUUAUAGUGGAGGACAACGGGCAGCCCUCUCGUUCAGCUACAGUCAUUGUUAACGUGGCGGUGGCGGACAGCUUCCCUGAAGUGCUGUCAGAGUUCACUGACUUUACGCACGACAAGGAGUACAAUGACAACCUGACUUUUUACUUAGUGUUGGCUCUGGCUGUAGUUUCCUUCCUCUUCAUCACGUGUUUAGUGGUUAUUAUAUCAGUGAAAAUCUACAGAUGGAGACAGUCUCGCAUCCUGUAUCACUCCAAUCUCCCUGUGAUUCCAUAUUAUCCACCACGUUACUCAGACACUUUGGGGACAGGGACUCUCCAACACGUGUACAAUUACGAGGUGUGCAGGACGACUGACUCCAGAAAGAGUGACUGUAAGUUCGGCCGAGCUGGUAGUCAGAACGUGCUGAUAAUGGACCCCAGUUCUACAGGUACGAUGCAGCGGAUACAGAAUGAAAAGAGCAUCCUGGAUGAACCAGACUCUCCUCUAGAGGUGAGUUUAAUAAUGUAUCUUCGUCUCUGUGCCUUAAUUUCUCUUUCUGUGUUUAGUUACACUGAUAGUGAACCGUUGCACCCGAAAGGCAGAGACUGUGCAUUAUGUCGUUUGGGAUUCGAAGCAAACAGAUUCGCAUUAAGUGAUAUAUCCAUUCAGAUAUAUAGAUGCGCUGAACUGAAAAGACAAAACCGUUUUUAUGUGUUUUUCAGAAUAAGCAUUGUGCUUAGAUCGUUGUGGAACAUAUUUUCGUUUUUUCUUCCUUUUGCUAUGGCAUGUGGAAUGCCACCCUACACCCGGUGCGUAAGAUGGCGUUUUGGCUGCGGACAGAUUUGGCAGAUUCUGUUCUUUCUUUUUUAUCUCAACCAUAUAGUCAGCGGACAUAUCCGAUAUUCAAUCCCAGAGGAGAUGAAGAAAGGCUCCGUCAUUGGUAAUGUAGCACAAGACCUCGGUUUGGAUCUGAAAAGGCUUCGUUCUGGUCGGGCCCGUAUCGUGACCGGAGAGAGCAUCCAGUACACCGAGCUGAGGACAGACAAAGGGAUUUUAGUCGUGAAUGAGAGAAUCGACCGAGAGCAGCUUUGUGGAGACGUGACACCGUGCAGCUUCAGCUUUGAGGUGAUUUUAGAAAAUCCUAUGGAGUUACAUCAAAUUACAGUUGAAAUAACAGAUAUAAAUGAUCAUUCGCCCACAUUCAAAAGAGACAGCAUCCAUUUCGAAAUCAGCGAAUCGGCUAAUAGUGGCUCUCGUUUUUCAUUGACAAGCGCAGAAGACCCAGAUGUGGGAGUUAAUGGACUUAGAGAAUAUUUUUUGACCGAGAAUGACAAUUUUGUUCUGAAACAGAACUCUAAUGCAGAUGGUAAGAAAUAUGCAGAGAUGGUGCUUCAGAAGCCAUUAGACAGAGAGAAGCAGCCCAAUCUGUCUCUGAAGUUAAUAGCUGUAGACGGCGGAACUCCGCAGAGAUCUGGUACAGUAAACAUAGAUAUCACUAUACUUGAUGCCAAUGAUAAUGCUCCUGUAUUUAAUCAGUCAGUGUACAAAGCUACAGUAAUGGAAAACGCUCCGAAAGAUACUUAUGUUACCACUGUCAAUGCUAGUGAUGCAGACAUCGGGUCAUAUGGUAUGGUGACAUAUUAUUUUUCAGAUCUUAACAGUGGUCUACGUGAUUUGUUUACCAUUGAUGAAAAAUCGGGUGUUAUUUUAAUAACAGGUUUAAUUGAUUAUGAAAAGGACAAAAAGUACGAACUCAGAAUCGAUGCAAAAGAUCAGGGAGGUUUGACAGAUUCAAGUAAAGUGAUAAUUGAAGUAACUGAUGUAAAUGACAACGCCCCUAUCAUAAGCGUCAUGUCAUUCACUAGUCCUGUAUCAGAGGACUCCCCUCCUGGUACCACUAUUGGCAUAAUAAAUGUAAAAGAUGUUGAUUCGAGUGAAAACGGACAGGUAACAUGUAAAAUAGAACAAAAUGCUCCUUUCAAGAUUAAAUCUAAUUUAAGAAAUUACUAUACUUUGGUAACGGAUACCGUAUUAGAUCGUGAAAGUGUUUCAGAGUAUAAUAUCACUGUAGUUGCCACAGACGCUGGAAUGCCUCCUCUGUCAACAAGGAAAAACUUCAACUUAAAAAUUUCUGAUGUAAAUGACAAUGCCCCAGUUUUUCUACAAAGUGUUUAUAUUGCGUCUAUCCCAGAAAACAACUCUCCGGGUGUUUCUGUUCUCACUCUACUUGCUAAAGAUCCCGAUGUAAACCAAAAUGCCCGCGUUUCUUAUAUUCUGGAGGAUACUAGUAUCGGUGGAUCUCCGGUGUCUGGAUAUAUUACUGUAAAUGCAGAAAGUGGGGUAAUACAUUCAGUGCGUUCAUUUGAUUAUGAGCAAGUCAAACAGCUGACUUUCGUCGUCAAAGCGCAGGAUGGAGGCUCCCCUCCACUCAACAGCAAUGUGACUGUCAAAAUAAUGAUCCAGGACCAGAACGACAACCCCCCUCAGGUUCUGUACCCAGUCCAGACUGGUGGCUCUUUGGUAGCUGAAAUGGUGCCUCGUUCAGCAGAUGUGGGCUAUCUGGUCACUAAAGUGGUGGCUGUUGAUGUGGACUCUGGACAGAAUGCCUGGCUCUCCUAUAAACUGCAGAAAGCCACAGACAGGGCGCUGUUUGAAGUGGGCUUACAGAAUGGAGAAAUAAGAACUAUCCGCCAGGUGACUGAUAAAGAUGCUGUGAAACAAAGACUGACUGUUAUAGUGGAGGACAACGGGCAGCCCUCUCGUUCAGCUACAGUCAUUGUUAACGUGGCGGUGGCGGACAGCUUCCCUGAAGUGCUGUCAGAGUUCACUGACUUUACACACGACAAGGAGUACAAUGACAACCUGACUUUUUACUUAGUGUUGGCUCUGGCUGUAGUUUCCUUCCUCUUCAUCACGUGUUUAGUGGUUAUUAUAUCAGUGAAAAUCUACAGAUGGAGACAGUCUCGCAUCCUGUAUCACUCCAAUCUCCCUGUGAUUCCAUAUUAUCCACCACGUUACUCAGACACUUUGGGGACAGGGACUCUCCAACACGUGUACAAUUACGAGGUGUGCAGGACGACUGACUCCAGAAAGAGUGACUGUAAGUUCGGCAGAGCUGGUAGUCAGAACGUGCUGAUAAUGGACCCCAGUUCUACAGGGACGAUGCAGCGGAUACAGAAUGAAAAGAGCAUCCUGGAUGAACCAGACUCCCCUCUAGAGGUGAGGUGCAAUACAUAUAAUUUUAACCUCUUGAAACAUUGUUUCUCUGAACUGAAAAGAAAUGGUAAACGUAGUUGGUUGCUGUUUCACCGAAAAGAAGUGCACACGGUUCUCUUCAGCACCACAGUGCGGACAGCUCCUUUUAGGUGCUCUAUGGCUUGA